UUGCCACCCAGCCGAGGAGCAUUCCCAGGUGGCCGUUUCUGCAACUUGACAGGAAUGGGAUGUCUGUGCAGUGGCCUGAUCCUGACCUGCAGCCUGGAGCUGAGCCCAAGCUGAGCUGUAGCUGUCCACAGACCAGCGACCAUGAAAUGCGUGUUGUUAUAGGUUGACUUGCACUGAACUGGGCCUGCGGUCCAGGAUGGUUUGUGCUCGGGACCAGACCUGACCAGAGAAGUCGACCUCAUGAGCACGUCCGCCUCCCCCGCGGCCAUGCUCCUCCGGAGGCUGAGGCGGCUCUCCUGGGGCAGCACGGCCGUCCAGCUCUUCAUCCUGACCGUGGUGACGUUUGGCCUGCUGGCCCCCCUGGCCUGCCACCGGCUUCUCCACUCCUACUUCUACCUUCGCCACUGGCACCUGAACCAGAUGAGCCAAGAUUACCUGCAGCAGAGCCUGAAGGAGGGCGAGGCCGCCCUCCACUACUUCGAGGGGCUGCCCUCCGCCAACGGCUCGGUGCCCAUCGUGUGGCAGGCCACCCCCCGGCCCUGGCUGGUCAUCACCAUCGUCACGGUGGACAGGCAGCCCGGCUUCCACUACGUCCUGCAGGUGGUGUCCCGGUUCCACCGGCUCCUCCAGCAGUGCGGCCCCCCGUGCGAGGGCCACCAGCUCUUCCUGUGCAACGUGGAGCGCAGCGUGAGCCACGAGGACGCCAAGCUGCUGUCCAGGUACGUGCCCGUGGCCAACCGCUACGAGGGCACCGAGGACGACUACGGGGACGACCCCUCCACCAACUCGUUCGAGAAGGAGAAGCAGGACUACGUCUACUGCCUGGAGUCCUCCCUGCAGACCUACAACCCGGACUACGUCCUGAUGGUGGAGGACGAUGCCAUCCCCGAGGAGCAGAUCUUCCCCGUGCUGGAGCACCUCCUGCGGGCCCGCCUCUCCGAGCCCCACCUCCGGGACGCCCUGUACCUGAAGCUCUACCACCCCGAGAGGCUGCAGCACUACAUCAACCCGGAGCCCAUGCGGAUCCUGGAGUGGGUCGGCGUGGGCAUGGUGCUGGGGCCGCUGCUCACCUGGCUCUACAUGCGGUUCGCCAGCCGCCCGGGCUUCAGCUGGCCGGUCCUGCUCUUCUUCUCACUCUACAGCAUGGGGCUGGUGGAGCUGGUGGGCAGGCACUACUUCCUGGAGCUGCGGCGGCUGAGCCCGUCCCUCUACAGCGUGGUCCCCGCCUCGCAGUGCUGCACCCCGGCCAUGCUCUUCCCGGCCCCCGCGGCCCGCCGCACCCUCACCUACCUGUCCCAGGUGUACUGCCACCAGGGCUUCGGCAAGGACAUGGCCCUGUUCUCGCUGCUGCGGGCCAAGGGCGAGCGGGCCUACGUGGUGGAGCCCAACCUCGUGAAGCACAUCGGGCUCUUCUCCAGCCUCCGGUACAACUUCCACCCCAGCCUGCUCUAGGGGGCCCGGGACAGAGACCCUUUCCUGGAAUCGGCUGCUGCUCUGAGAUGCGAACGCUGAGCUCCUCACUGAGACACGGCCGCUUGCAGAUGUUUCGUUGUGUCACGUUGCUGGGGGCAGAGGCAUGGGGACAGCCGAGGAGAAGGCCAGUCAAGAAGCUUGGUAGGAGCAGCAGGUGGCCUCAGAUAUGGACCUCUGUCCCCUCCACACAGCCGCACUGCCUCAUGCAGUCUGACCCACCCAAGGAGGCGGGGGGGGGGGCGCGUUAAAAUGCCGGUUACGUUCUCCAGUUGUGUUCAGCCCUGCUUUGCGAUAGACUCGGGGACUGCCCACAGGACUGUGCACCUCGAUGUGACUGCUCGAGGAUGUGAAGGGUGGAAUUUCGUGAAAGGCAAGGUCCUUUCGGAUGGAUUUCUUUCUCCCUGGGCAUGAGAAUGGAUGUGUUUCGGAUAUCCUGUAUGUCUAAAUAGGCGGGACCAGGUUGAUAGAUUCUGCUUGCUGACCUGGUAUAAUGAAAGCCAAUAACAGCUGUGCGUUGCUGGCAGCACGGAGGCAGGUGACCUGGCUUUUGUUACUUUCCUUUUUCUUCUCUGCGCUGCAGGGCACUGAUGACCAGUAUUGUUAGUGAGAACUCCAAGGUACAGCAGAAUCUGAAAGCACCUUACGGAUCAUCAAAGUCAGAUCGCUUAUGUUUAAUGGUGACUUAAUAGUGAAGAUGUCCGUCCUAUUCCGAUUAUUGGAACACUGGAUACUGCAGAAUGGUAUUGAAUGGAUGAGCUCAUUACGAACGGCAUAUCCCUCUCCCUAACUUUUCUGGCUAACCCGUCACCCUCAUUUCCCUUCCUUCUAGGCAGCAUGAGACAACAUGGACUGUGAAGUCAGAAGACCUGCACUUUUAUUUCAGAUUUCUCUUAGGUCCCGGUGGUGUGAACUUGGCCAAGUCAUAACCACUCGGAGUCUCAGUUUCUUCACCUGUAAAAUGAGGCCAGUGGUACCUACCUUUUCAAGUUGCCUUGAGACUGUAUGUAAAACAACUUAUACGCGCUUAGCCCAGAGAGGGCACGUGGUAACGUCUAGUUCUUUUCUCUCCUGUAGUAAGUAU